AGUUGGUGGUCAGAGGACAGCAGUGCUGCGUUGCUGCCAUCAGCAACACUGGGCUGUGCGGCUGAGAAACGUCCGUGCGGCACCUGCGGGUGGGUGAGGACGAGAACCUCUCCCGCGUCUGGAGAGCAGAGAGUGGGGCUGUUCUGGCCAUGCCCAGCGCGGGGAAAGGGCUGCGGCCCGAGUCGCUUCGUGCAGUCUGGCUCUUUCACCACAGGGUUUUUCUUUUUAAAAAACUUAAAGAGGCAGAAAUCAGACCACCUCAGUUGAAAGCAAAUGAAAUGUUUCCCUAGCUUCCAGAGGCGGUUUUGCCCAGGUAGGUUUAUAAAUAGCUGCCUGAGGUGGGAGAAAUCUGCAGCUGCUUUUUCCUUUUCCCAAAUACAGCUGUCAGCUCUGUCUGCCUAAAAAUACUGGUGCGGAUGCUGCAGCACCUGAGCAGCAUCCAGGCUCUCAGUGACGGUGAUGGGGAUGGGUGAUGGGUGGCCAAUUGGCUCCUGGGGAUGAUGAGUGGAAAACAACCUGCGUGAGCAGCCACCUUCCAACAGGCAGGAGCUGCUCUCCACUCAUGAGGGAUCCCCUUGGGCUCCUCGCACAGUGCUGGCCAGAAGAAAGCAGCCGCUGCCUAUUUUCAACACUGUCAGAACUUGAAUUACUCCGCACGUGCCCGUGGUUUGUAACUAGCAUGUCCUUGCUGCACUGCUCUCACAUGUAUCCCCAUUUUCCAGUGGAAGCACACUGCUCCUCCUGCAGCUGCCCCUCUGAAGCCAAGGGCAGCCACGGGGAGCAUCGAGGCUGCAGCGGUACUGUCCUGUUCCCGAGGACACGUUGCCUGACACAGCUCUGCCAAGGGGGAACACCUGUGUUUCCACCUUCCCUUUUAUUCCUCCACUGAGCGAAAAGCUGAAAUUUCAACAGCAAAGGAAUCCCGAGAUACAUCUUUUUCAUAAACAUAAGGUAUUAGGAAGAAAUGUUUUGCUGUUCAGGUGGGGAGGCCCUGGCCCAGGGUGCCCAGAGCAGUGGGGGCUGCCCCAUCCCUGGAGGGGUUCCAGGCCAGGUUGGAUGGGGCUUGGAGCCCCUGAGCCAGUGGGAGGUGUCCCUGCCCAUGGCAGGGGUGGGACUGGAUGGGCUGUGUGGUCCCUUCCAACCCAAAACGUUCCAUAAUUUUAUGAUCCCAUGAUUGUAUUUAUAUUACUGAGAAAAUGAAAAUGUUUGACUGUAGGUUGCUGACAUGAUACACAGGAGGUUUUUCUUGGGGUGUCCAAGUGAGAUGUAGUCCCUCCUGGCUGCAAGCAGUGAUGUGAAUGUUUGUCUCCAGUGCCACCGUGCCUGUCCUCCUGCUCUGGUUUUCGGGUGGCACUGCAUCUCCCAUGGUGACCCUGUGUUGUGUGGCUUUUGCCCUAGAGCUGCUCCGGUGCCCGUGGGUGGCGUGUGGGCAGCCACCUGCCCACGUGAGCUGCUCACAGAAACCUGCGAGUGGAGCAGGAACUGGGUAGUGGAGAGUUAAUGACAGAGGAAUCAACACAAACAGCUUGGGAGCUCCCUGCCACCACCAGCCUCUUCCUUCUUCUGGAACAUUUGAAUUGCUGUGGCUUUAAUGAUUUAUCUCACAGGCUUUCAAGUCCCUGCUGUGCCUCAGCAGCUCUGAAAUCCCAGGCGUCGUUUCUGAAAUUUUAGCAAAGAAUGGCUCAAACAGAAACUUCCUGCUUUAAAGGUCACAUGGAAAAUGAUUUAUUGCAGAUUCAUGCAAAUGGUGCUUCGACCACGAGGUGUCCUCUUGGGAAAAUGGGAGCUGUCGAGAAUGGGUUGUGGGUCCAAUAGAUGGCACUAGGAAAUACAAAAAAUCCUUUCAGUGUUGCACUCAAGAAGUUAGGCAGGAGGUUCCUGGGGAGGCGAGGAUCCCCGUCCCUGUCCCCAUCACCGUGGGAGCUGCCAAGGCUCCCAGGUCAGCAGAGCUCCCGUUUCUCAAGCCUGGUGCCACGUUUUCACCUCUGAGUUAUUUCAAAGGUGACACCCGGUUGGGAGUUUGCCCCACGCUCGAGACCUGGUGCAGGAUUUGUGCCAGCUGCACUGAGCGGGGUGCUGUGCCUGCUGCAGGGUGGCUGAGGUCGCUCAUCCCUGUACGAUGACCACGUCCUUGCUUGACCCUUGCACCCACUGUCAGCUCAGUGACGAGCUGAACUGGUCCGUAUGGGGCCUCCCCACGGUGGAGGGAUCCCCCGCCCGUGGCUGCGGAUCUGCACAACGCAAGGCAUGACAGCGUCGAUGGACAGUGCGGGCACCCGCCUGCAUCUCGGCUGUGGCGUCAGUGUCAGUGCUGCCUCUGUCACCCGGAGCUCACCUGGGGACCCUGAACAGCACAGCCCUGAGCUGACGGCUCAGCGGGGAUGCUCAGGUGAGUCCCAGCCUUCAAACCCUUUUUGGCAGCGUUUCCACACUGAGGGAAGCCUCUGGACAGGGCCUGACAAAUGAGAAAUCACCUGCAGGGCCUUUUGGGUUAUUUCAGGGAUUCGGAAAUACUUUGAGAAGAAUAGAAAGUAACCUUCCCCUGUGCCAGGUGCUUGGCCUCUAAUAUCAUUGCCUGCCAGGUACUCAGCCUCUCGCCAUUAGCCCAUGCCUGGCACACACCCUCUCCUAAACACACCUACAGCUCACAUUGUCAAUUCACCUUCAAACCUCCUCAUCCAUUCUUCUCGGACAAAUUUUUCCAGCAAAAGAUUGAUUUUCUGAAUCAAAGAGGCCAAACUCACUCCCAUAACAAUGACGGAAAAAUUUUGGUUUAAGAAUGCAAAUUCACAGAUGAACAAAACCAAUUGAAAGGCUUUGGGUCCAUUUCUAAUUAAGUUCUGAACUCCAAAAGAGGAUUUCCCAAAUCCUAAAGCCCAAAGAUGUCAAAAAUGUUGUAUUGUACAAACACAAAAAAGUCAUUCACAGCAGGAGAUUACGCUCUUAUGUAAACCUGGCUUUGGGUGCCAGGGUUGAGGCGAGUUCAGCACAGUCAGAAAAUGCUGCGUUACUGCUCAGGCGAUACUCCUUCUCCCCUCCGUGAAAUGUGUCCCGCUCGCUCCUGGUAGGUUUAGGUCGGACUGAUCGUUACUGAUGUAAGUGCUGAUCUCAUCCCUUGCCCCCUUGAUGUUCUUUUAAAGAGGAUUUCGGCUGCUGGGGCCAGAAGCUGCUUCUGCAGAAGGGAUUUGCACUGUGGGUGUGGAAUGGAAAGCGCCGGGGGAGCUCCUGCUGGGCUGUCAGUGUCCCAUCGCCUGGGAGGAGCCUCUCCUCAUUCACAUCUUGGCAUAACACAUUGCUUAAGCUUGUCAGAGAAUCAUAGAAUGGUUUGGGUUGGAAGGGACCUUUACAGGCCCUGCAGUGGGCACGGGCAUCUUCAACUCAAGCAGUUUGCUCAGAGACCCAUCCAACCUGACUGUGAGUGUUCCAGAGACAGAGCACGCACCACCUUUCUGGGCAACCGGUGCCAGUGUUUCACCACCUGCAGGAUGAAAAAUUUCUUCCUACCAGCUAGUCUAAAAUUCUCUUCUUUUAGUUUAAAACCAUAAUACCUUGUCCCAUUUCUACAAGCCCUGCUAAAAAGAUUUUCUCAAUAAAAGCUGGUGUUUUUACUUCCCAUCUUCUAGUUCUGCUCCAUGAGGGUCAAGUCCUUGGGAUGCGUUCCACUUAGCAGGCAACCACAGACGCUGAGCGCCUGUCCGGAGCUGGCCCUGCCUGUAAACCCCACGUGGCCGGGCUAGACUGUGCAGCAGAGGAGUGUGGCGUUGUGCCGUGUGUGGGGCAUGUGCCCUUCCAACCAACCCCUUUGCUCCCCAACAAGUGCAGAAUGAGGUCGUUGUCCUCCCAGCGGCACGACGAGGUUUAUCAGCACCCAAACCCAAUGGGGAAUGUUAAGCGGGUUAGGUGGAAGCAGCGCUGGCGAAGGUGGUCACCUGGGGAUUAGAGGUCAGAACAAUCCCUGUGACCAGGCGGGGACACAAAGAGCCUUUGUGCCCGAGCACAGAAUCCCUGUUUAUUACCACGGGACUGACAUGCUGAAAGACCCGCUCUCCAGCCAGCACAAAAGCUUCCUUGCUUCAGAUUGUUUGUUUAUGUAAAUGAAAAUGGUGCAUUUAAUUAUGCAACGGGACGAGCCUCAGCAACAAGGGAGGUGCUGAUUGGAUCUUCCCGUGGCCAGAGCCCGCUGGCAAGCCCUCGGCACGUCGGAUGGUGCAGCCACGGACCCUGCUCUGCUGCAGUGCCUGCAGAAGGGGGGACGCACCUUGGCCGUUUGAGCAGGGAGGCGAAAUCACCAGGGAAGAAGGGGAGAGGAGUCACAAUCCCCACCCUGGGGUGCAGGACCCCCAGUCGGUGGGCACGGCGCAGCCCUAAGCAUGACAGAAGAAGCUCCAGUGGCAUCCACCAUGCCUGAGUGCAACGGGAGCGUUCCCACAGAGAAAGGCUCUCUCCAGGUCAUCGCUGUCAUGGACGAAAUAGCAAAAUCUGUUGGGACGGUUCCAUACACGAAUGCAGAAAUGAGCCCUGAUGCUCCACUCGCAGUAGAAAGUCAGGAGGAAAAUAGAAAUUCAUGGGCAGAGAACGUAGUACGUGGGGAUCUUGAUGGAGUGAAGCAAUGUGAAGAAAAGCCAGAGGAGAGAGAUGGGAUGCUACGGCAGGGAUCCGCCGAUACUCAAGACGUGGGGACCGAGGGCCGGGAAUCGGAAGAAGGGUCAGGCAGCGAGGAGCGAGAGCUGGGGACCACAGGCAGCCCCGGUGAGGAGGCGGCAGCGACACUUGCAGCCAGCGCCGACGGGAGAGGGGACACAGCUGAGGAGGAGGACCUGGAGGAGGAGGAGGAUGACACCGAAGAGGAUGAAGUUCAGGUGAUUGACAUGAAGAAGGAGAACAGUGAGGCAUCCUGUCUAAAGCAGCAAGACAGCGGCAAGGAGGCGUCUUCCCCAACCAGCCCUGGCUGCAACUCCUCAGCGGAGAAACCAGGGGAGCAGCCCAGCCUGGGGAAGAAAAAUGAUAUCUCCAGACACAGCUAUUCCAGAUACAACACAAUCUCCUACCGGAGGAUUAGAAAAGGAAACACCAAACAACGGAUCGAUGAAUUUGAAUCCAUGAUGCACUUAUAAACUGAGGUGGGAAUUGCAUAAUGGGCGAGUGUUCACUCUGGUUUUGGGUUUCCCUUUCUCUCCCUCCAAGACAUGGCUCUUCACACAAUGUGAGGUCAAGGCUUUUGUUCCUUUUUGUAUAUGAUUUCAUAAUACACUGUGAAAAUUUAACAUCUUCAUGUUGAGAGCAGGCAGAGGCAUCCAUAGAGCAGGAAAAUAAAUAAUCAGUUUGCUAAAUAUAAUACCAUUUGAUUUCAAGUUUAUCCUCAUAUUUUCUAUCUGACUUUUCUAACUGUAUUCAAACAACAGGGUGUCUUGAACCGGCUGGGGCUUCUGGAGCUGCCGACACACGCGUGGUCCAUGACGUCGGCCGUGCUGGUAAUGAGUUGGCAGUGCAGCACCUCCAGUAGCACUGGCCGGGACAGUAUGAACAAUAAAAGAGAUGACUGUUUGCAACCACAGCGUGCUUUGGUUUGCUGUCCGUCCGUGCUGGCACCUCACGGUGCACUGACAGCCACCUCCUGCUAAUGAUGGCCAAUUUCCACCUUGCGCUGGUGAGAUGGAGGGGUGUUUGUGUUCAUGUGCAGAUGCCAAUGUGCAGGUAUUAGAAAAGAUGAGAAGGCAUUAAGUCCUCUGUCAUCAUCCUCCCCCCCAUACCUGACACCUCCCAUGGGUGGCUGGAUUCUUUUUGCAGCAUUGGAGCUGGCACCAGACAGGGUUGGUACCGCCUGCUGCUCCUGUCCCCAGGGCUGAGAGGUGUGAGCGUGGGCACCUUUAGAUGUGCCUGCCACCAUCUGCACCACGGGCACUGCCGGACGCCACAGCGCUGCCCUCCAGCCCGCUCUUCUGGGUAGUACCUUGAAACCACCACGGAUGCAGCCAGCCCAAACCUCUGCCAGGGACAAAGCCGCUCUGCUUCGCCACUGCCAUCCCUCCUCGCCGCGGAGCAGCUGUCUGGUGUGGUUGGUGGUGGCCAGCCGUGGUGCCAGACCCCACCAGCCCGGCUGAGGCACCUGUGGGGAGGUGGCGCCGUCCACCGCCAGGGUCAGGGCCAGCCCAGAGGGCAGCGGCUCACAAUAUUUAAAGACUUUUUUUGUCAAAGACAGAUUUAUGUUAUCUGAACACAACCUUUCUCCAUUUCUAAAAGCCUUUGUACAGCUACAGCGGUGCUGAUGCAGUCUGUUUUUAACCAUUUUACAGACAGAUUUGUCUUGAGUCGGGACUAAGCUUUGCAAAUGUCACCCCAGAAAGCAUCUGGGAAAGCUGAGAGCAGCAGACAAAGGGAGAGGAGUUACGAACGGAGGUAGAUGCCAGCUUCAGCCAUGAGUGCUUUUUUAAGGAUUGGUUUUGCAUCUCCAGCAGUGCUGAGUAUAAUCUUGACUUUUCUUGUUCUACAUAAAGGCAAUUAUUUAUUUGCAACGUGAAAGUAAUAAAUGGCAAGUCUGUAUUGUACAGAC